CCUAUGCAACCUUCCGUGCGAUCAAAAAAUGAUAACAUCGAGAAACAAUGAUAUUGGGAACCUGAUAGAACAGUUUCGUCAACGUGACACGCCACAGAAGGAACGGAAAGCGAUUCUCGCUAGAAUCGAGGAGAUUCUUCAAACUACGAAAAAUGUAGAGAGUCUUUGUGUAAAAUGGACUUAUCUUUUGGAUAACUUGUGUUGGCCUAGUCUCACAAAACACGAUCGGAAUGACAUGAAAACGCUGGCUGGAAAAGUGAUACGACUUGUUGGAGUUUUACUCUUUGAUACUGAAUCCUAUCCAGAGUUUCUGAUUUAUCUUGGAACAUUAUAUCAAAGUGUUACGAAGAAAAGUGAAGAAACACGUGCGGAUAUCGUGUUUUCAGUGUAUUUCAUCGUUGGAGUCAUCAGUCAAAAAACGGAGAAUCGUCUAAUUGCUACCGACACUGAAAAUGUCGAAAAAUCAUUAGACUGGAUAAUCAAAGUGCUUCCGAAUUCAUCAAUAUCAGUUUAUAACCACUGUUUGAAAGGAUUUGUACUUGUUGCAAACACAUUUCCAAAUGUUUAUGCUGCAAUGUUUGAGUCAACCCUCCGAGCAAUUCUGACCAACCUUCCCGAUUUCAACAGUCAUGAAAAGAAUUUUGAGCUUCUCAUUGAUACAGUGAUGCGAUUUUCUGAUCAACUUAAUGAGAAGCCUCAUUUGGCAGAAGAAAUGGUUCGAAUUAUUCGACCGGAUAUCAAAAAGAAUGGAUUGGGAAAUAUGAGAGAAUUGAAGAAACGAAUGAAACUGACAAUGGCACUCGUGAAAAUGGCGAAAAGUCAAAAAAUGCUUGAGGAGACUAAUCAGAUGAUUUCUGAAAUGUCUAUCGAACUCGAGGAAAACGGAGGAAAAUGGUCAUCAGCUUCACUUAUAACUAUCGUUUGUGAUGUUUUCAAUGAGCUCUUGAUAUUGGGAAAAGAUGAUGUAAAAUUGCAAAAAGGAGUUGAAGAAUCAUUGUGCAAUGUUCUGAAAGACUUGAAUCUUUCUAAUCAGAGUACUAUGGAGAAACAAGCAUUUUUCAAUUCUCUUGCAAAGAUUGUCAAACAACUUCCAGCAGAGUCACAAGUCAAAACUAGAGUUCAUCAGAUUGUUUUCAACACGGAAACUGGACUUUUCACACCCAAAAACCGCGAUAAUCGAAUGUUUGGACAUAAUAUGAUAUACAAGGAUCUUAUCAAUCUUGUCUCUGUGCUUCUUACGCCUACAUCACUCAAUCAUCUACAAGCGACAUAUACGGAUUUGAGGAAAAUAAUGAUAGAUAGCAUGUCACGAUUGAAGCAAAGUGAAGAUACUCCGUAUAGUGAUAAUAUUCGAUGGAAUGAAUCAAUCCUUUUGCUUUUCUUUUCGUCACUUCAAAGUAUAUCAUGUGCCAAGAGUUCUCUUAUUGUGAUGAUGGGAAUCCGUCCGUCAAUUUUUGAAUUCUUCUCAUCGGAACUUCCACUCACAGAAUAUUGGCUUGCUUCAAAUCAUCCAGAAGUCUAUCACCUAUUUAUCACAAUAUUUGUUGGACAUUUGAAAGCUCACGACUUCUACAUUGUUCAAUCUGAUUAUAUUGUUCGUGGUGAUAGCAUUGGACAAAGUAUAGGACAAACGAAACGAGAUUAUGCACGGAAACAAGUUGUUGCUCUACAGAAAAUUAUCAACAAUUUUGGAGACAAAUUGUGGAAGAAGACUAGACUGAUGAUAUCUUCAUGGCUUCACUCUCUCAUUGCAACUGCUUGUGAACAUCAAAUCGGAAGUGAUAGUUUCAGUCAACGAGAAUGGGUUCGAUUAAGGAAUACUGUCAUUCAUCAGUCGGUGCUCACAUGGAAUAAUGAAUGUGUAAAUCAAGCAUUGACCAUCCUCUCCACUGCUACAAAAUGGUCAGAACUGACGUCAGACAUCCAUCGAGAUAUUGCGGAUAAAACGAAAAAAGCAAAGUGGAAGGAGGCAACGACAAUUUGGGAAUCUGGAGAUUGUAAUACUUAUAUCAGGCAAUCCAUGUCUACAGUCUAUCAAAUGUCACAGGAACGACAACAGAAGACAAUUACAUCGACAAGUUUUGGAGCCGAAGAGUUUAUAAUAAUUACGAAUUUCUUGUUGAAACAGGCAACACCAACUACUUUCAAAAAAGGUCAAAACUCAUGGAUGGAUGAAGUACUGGAAACAUUCACACAAGGAUGUCGUACGCUUGAAAAACCCGAUUCAUACGUUCCAGAGACAUUUAUCGAAAAAUGGGAUUGGAUUAUUAAUCAGACUGCAAACUUUUGCAUUGUGAAUAAAAUGAAGACACCAUUAGGAAAACCAAUGCAGACUUUUGCAGCUUUUGAGAAUGAAAUUAAACGACUUGCGAAAGAAGUGAUUGUUCGAAAGAAUAGUGAUAAGAAGUUGAAUAAAUCAUCUACAGAAGAUCCAAAUCAAUCUCCACCACUCAAAUAUUCCGUUCAAUGGCUUCGUGUUCAUUUACUUCUAAAAUUGAUUGUAGUUUUGGAAAAACUUAUGAACUCAGCCAUUCAUGGUGGUUCUUCCGUUUUCAAUUUGACUGAAAUUCCAGUGUCCUCUCGCCAAUUUUUCACAGUGAACGCAGCAAGUUGUGAGGUUUGGCUGAAUCGAGUAUACUAUCCUGCUCUUCUUGUCGCAUAUUUCAAUGGAUAUUAUGGACUUGUUAUUCGAUUUGGUUCAAAUGCUCUUAGCCAUUUCGCGAGACAAAAAGACGGAGAUAAUGAUAAAAAGAUCGUGAAUGGCGUUUGUACAGCAAGUUUAAUGUCACUUUCAAUGGCAGUUCUCGGUGAACCAAUGGAAAUUGUUGGAUUACGGAGAAAAGUUCGAGAAGAAUUCGGAACUGACAUGGGACAAUCAUUGAUGGAGGCACUCGGAGAAAUGGCUAAUGCUAGAUAUGAGACAGCUCUGGUUGCCUUGGAAGCAGUUCUUGUGACAGAUGCAGCAACAAAUGAAACAUUGAAAAUGAUCAUUCAACUAGCAAUGGUUGACAUUUUGAACCGCAUACGCCUCCCACAGGCUACCGAUUAUUAUAAGGUUGUCUUAUUUGGUGAAGAAUCAAAUGAUUCCACAAUUACUGAAGACUUUCGAUCAGUUGAGUUACUCACGAAAUUCGAGAAGCUCAACAAUACAGUGAACGAAAAGCGUCAAGUUGUUGAUUGGAGUGCUCGAGAACGUUUCCAAUUUGUUGAAUCCGCAUUUUCACAGACUAUGAGAAGAACCGAACUUCUCGACAUUCAAAAAGAUUUUUCCGCGAUGGGAGCACUUGCAUUGAGUGCUGAUUCAUCGUGUAAAUUGUAUUCGGACAUUUCAUCAACAUCUCUCAUAAUUGCAAAUCUUGUCAAUAAAAUGACUGGUGUCUCACAAUGGAAGAAUAAACUCACUGAUACGGAAAUAUUCGAUAGAAAUGAAGAAGGAAAUGAUGGUGAUAAGUUGGCAAUAUGUCGAAAGUUAAUGCAUUGGGGACGACACACAAAGAGUAAUCGCGGACAGUCAUGCGCUGCACACAGUGAAAUAAUUCGUUUAUCCCGUAAAACUUCAAAUUGUGAACUCGCGUUCUUUCACAUAAAUUCAGCUAUUCGAGGUGAAAAACUAGCUGCUUGGCAGAGAUUAGAAGUGGAAAGACAGCGACUGAAACUAGUGAAAACUCAAAAUUUGGAUGUGCGAAUUCGUGAAAUGAAUGAAGUGUUCGGAUCCUUGGCUGAAGUUUUUACGACAAGUUGUCAACUGAAAUCAGACUUUCAAAUGGUUGAUGGAAUGAUUAAAGAAAAAAUGAUCUCCGAAGGAUAUAAUGAAGAUAUUGCAAAGCGUGAGGAGCACAUGAGUCGAGCCAGUAUUCAACUUGCAGACUUUUUCCAAUCACUUCCAGAACUUGAAAAUGUACUUGCGCCCAACCUGUUCCCGACAAUUAUUUGGAGUGAACUACAACGUCGAUCAGAUAGUUUAUCUGCUGGAUAUCAUGGAAUAGUUGGAUCUCUCUUUCAUUUGGCAUCUGAAAUGUGUCCAUCUCUCGCUAAAGCUCAUCUCAAAAUGGCCAGAUGGGCAUAUGAAAUCGCUAAAAUCAAGAAUUUCCCUGCUGAAAAUUUAAGUUUCUACAAAUUUGGAAAAGACGAAACUGAAAACGAGGAGCUAUUGAAGAGCCUGGAAGCGACGAGUCUUGUUAAUUUGGAAAAGCUUGUUCGAGCUGCAAUUUCUGAUGAUUUGAGAGCAAACAACAUUCUGGCACCCAAUAGUCACUUUAUGCACAUUUGGAAAAUGGUUCGGGAUCAUCGCACGAAAUUCUUGUCAAUUGCUGUGACUUCAUAUUUCCAAUUUAUUCAGAAUAUGUCCGGUGAUUGUGAUAAUCUACCGUACUCGAAAAAAGAGGAGACCACUUUGGCGACAUUGAGAAUUCUAGAACUUCUUGUCAAACAUGGCGAUGUUCUCAUUGAUGUAAUAAAUGAUGGACUAAAUAAGACUAAUGUACAUAUUUGGAAAGAAAUUCUUCCUCAAUUGUUUGCUCGCUUGUCCCAUCCAUCUGAACAUAUUCGAAAAACUCUUGUUGAUCUAAUUUCAAAAAUCUGUACAGCUGCACCACAUGCAGUCGUUUUUCAAGUUGUUUCUGGUGCUGCAUCAUCUUCUACAGACGGUGAAGAACUUGAAGAGCAGCAGAAUGAUGAUCGUAACCGAGUACGUGCAUGCUGUGAGAAAUUGGAGACAAAUAUGUCACAAUCAUAUCCGAAUCUUGUGAAAGAUGUACGGCAGUUUGUAGCAGAACUUGAACGAAUUAAUCUUUUGAAUGAAGAGAAAUGGUCUGUUGUCAUGGGAACAAUGGAACAUGAAAUGGAAAAACGAUUAUCAUUGAUUAGAACUGAAAAUGCGAAAACUGAAUCGGCUCUUCAUUUAACAGCUUCAGUCAAAAAUGAUAUUAUUGUGAAAAGAACCCAAUUGUUGACUAGACAGAUAUUUGAUGUACUCGAUGAGCUCUACCAACAAACAGUCAUUGAGCCUCCAAAGAGCAAGAAUGAAGAAGAGUUUGUAACAGCUUUUGCCGAAGUACUCACAAACGCUUUUCAAGAGUCCAGAAUAUCACGUACCACUUCUCCGGAAAAGUCAUGGAUUCCAUUUAAAAAUCUCAUUGCCAAUUUUGUGCAUCGAAACAGCAAAAAAGGAAUGCAAACAUUUGAAACGGAAGACAUUUCUCCGUACCUCGCAUCUCUUUCCAAUUCGUGUGUUCCAAUGCCAGGUCAAGAAUCUGUCGAGUUUGAUAGAGUUGUUUCGAUAUCUCGUGUUGCUCGACAAGUCACAAUUCUGCCCACGAAAACUCGCCCGAAAAAGCUGGGAUUUGUCGGAUCUGAUGGAAAACAAGUUGCAUUUUUAUUCAAAGGACGCGAAGAUCUUCAUCUUGAUGAACGAGUCAUGCAAUUCCUCCGAUUAUGUAAUGUGAUGCUUCAACCAGGAAAAGGGAAACAUCGACAAUCGGUUGCCGCGUAUCAGGCACAUCAUUAUGCUGUUAUUCCACUUGGACCACGUUCUGGACUUAUCAAAUGGGUUGAAGGUGCUACACCAAUGUUCCACAUAUAUCGUAAAUGGCAGAUGAAAGAGAAAGCACUCAAACAAGCGACCAAAAAGAACGGAGAAACAGUUCCUGAAAUCGAAAGACCCAGCAACAUGUAUCACAAUAUGAUUCGUCUAGCAUUCGCAGAUCAUAAAAUCGAUUCCUCCAUCACCUCGGAUCGUUCUAAAUGGCCAGCAGAAAUUUUGGAAGAAGUAUUUGAAAGUCUCACAGCAAAAACACCAACAGAUUUAAUCAGUCGUGAGCUUUGGAUGCGUGCGAAUGAUGCAACAACUUGGUGGUCGGUUACAAAACGAUAUUCAAGAUCACUGGCAGUCAUGAGUAUGGUUGGAUCAGUUUUAGGACUCGGUGAUCGACAUUUGGACAAUUUAUUGGUUGAUUUGAAGUGGGGUCAUGUAGUACAUAUUGACUACAACAUUUGCUUUGACAAGGGAAAGAAUCUGCGUAUCCCCGAAACAGUCCCAUUCCGUUUGACACGUAACAUGCGUCACGCUCUCGGACCAUCUGAAAUGUAUGGUACCUUCCGUGAAUCUUGUGUUCACGUGCUCUCAACUCUUCGUUCUGGUCAUCAAGUUCUUACAAUGCUUCUCGAUGCAUUUGUAUUCGAUCCGCUUGUCGAUUGGACAUCACAUGAACAUACAGCAACUUCUGGUGUCUCAUUGGCACUACAAUUGGCUGUUUAUGGAAGUAAUUGGAAGACAAAAGCUAAAGAAAGAUUGACCGAUGCGAUGGAGUUACUCAAUUUGAGAAUGUCUGAGGUUCAAACCCUUUGGCUUGCAAAUCGUGAUGACCUUCUCCACUGGAUGAAACAAGUGACCGAAUGUCUUUUGAUUGAAAAUUCGAUGCUUGGAGCAAAUGCCAUAUAUGCUCAGCAACGUGUGAAAGCUGGAACGGAACUUCGUGAGGCUGUGACACGUCAUCAUGCACUUGCCAAAGAGCUUCGUCCAUUGAUAAGAGUAAUUGGAAAGGAACGAGAAGAGUUUGCAGAUUAUUUGAAGUUUUACAAGCAGGCAUUAUUUGAUCCACUUUUGAAAGGACACUCGGCUCUCCGUAACGAACUCGAUAUUGAUACAUGUGUGUACAAUUUCAACAUUGUCAUGCAAAAUAUAGAUAAUGUGUUUGGAGCACUCGUCAAUCUGUCAUUCACCCCGAUUGAGACUAUUACAUCCCGUACUUCACAGCAAGAAUUCAAACCACCUCCCGGACUUGAAAAUGUAUGGGUUGUGAAACAAGAUCAACAGGAGAAUUCUCAAGCGCGUGAAGUUGUCCGACGUGUUGAACGGCGUCUCAACGGAUGGCUCGAUGGAUCGGCAGGACCAGAUAGGAAAUUGUCUCCUCGCGAAGAGGCCGACAUCCUAAUCGCUGAAGCUACAUCCACACCAAAUUUAUCUCAAAUGUACGAAGGAUGGACUGCUUGGGUCUGAACGAAAGUUGCCACGUGUCAUAGUCCGUUCUACUUCUUCAUAAUUAUCCAGAAGCAUGCAACUUCUGUUUGAUUUUGAAGUUCAGUUGAUCAGGGCGUGGACUCACGAUAUUCGGGGAUGUCUUGUAUCACCUUCGUGAUGUUUGUAAUUCGCCGCUCGUUCAGCCUUCACAUAAAACCGUCCUCCAUCUGUCUCUUCCGCUAUUUGUUCAGAAAUCGUCAAAAUUGGAUAGUCGGACUAUUUGACAGCUUCUGGAGCAAUUCAACAAUCGGUCUCCUCUCCCCAACCAAAAAUUCUUUGACUUGAAGAGUCAUUCCAUUUCCAAAAACCACAAUUUUUCUUAACAAAUUAUUCAAUUAGUUGCAUUCAACUCAUACUCUCCCCCGAUCACCACACUUUUCUCCAAUAUUCUUACCCAUGUUUAUGCCCUAUUUCUCGAACUUCUAAUACGUAUUUUUUCAUGUUUUUUUUCACACUACUCCCGGCCUUCUUCUGAAUAGUUUUCCCCCGAAAGAAGACCAUGCUUUUGUUUCUUAUUUGGAUAUUACCUCGUUCCAUACGCAUAUGGAAAUGGAGAUUAAUAAAGGUUUUGGAAUGGAA